CAUCUACCUAUUUCCAGAGACAUCUCUGGGCUGUCAUACUGUAAGCAUCGUAAUUGUGUAGCUCCGUAUUAUUGAGUGCUAAAAAAAUAAUUUCGUACACUGUUCUUGAGACUGCGACGUCACAAAACACAAAUUGAAGUGUCGUCCGUGUAGUGGAACUACCGAUUUCACACAAUAUCACGUAAGUUCUUGAAUUUCAACAAAAGUAUCUCCAAAAAGUGAUAAUUAGAGGUUAGAAAUCCACCAAUCAUAUUGAGCAUAGACAAAAGAUCAAUGACAUUGACACUUGUCACAGUAACAGCUAACUAGUGUUGCCAGAGCAAGUAAAUAAAAACUACCACUAAUUACGUUCCAUAACACGCAGAUUUAGUUUACAAGAAUGGAGGAUCAGUUUCAACUAUUGUUUGAUAAAAUGAAGAAUGAAAUCUUGAACCAAACAAUAGAAUUGAAAGAUUCGAUAACAAAUAAUAUAAUGGAGAGAUUAGACGAAAAACUUCAACCUAUUAUAACAGAAAAUAGAAACUUAAAAAUAAAAGUAGAAAAUCUCGAAAAGGAAGUAGAAAGUUUAAAAAGAGGAAAGAAGCAAAACAAUUUGAUAAUGUUUGGAGUAAAUGAAGGCGAAAGGUCUACACAAGAAUUAAUACAAAAUACAAUACAUAUUUUCAAAACUGACCUUGACAUACAAUUACAAGAACAUGAGAUAAACAAAAUAUAUCGUCUAGGAAAGGGAAAGUCUUCUGGAAAACCAAGACCAAUUCUGAUUUCCUUUACGAGCGAAUGGAAGAAGAAUGAAGUUAUGGGAAAGAAGAAAAACUUCAAAAAUGUAUAUGUUACAGAAGACUACACAAAGGAAGUAAUAGAGAAAAGGAAAACGUUGCAGGCGCAGCUAAAAGAGGAGAGAGAAAAGGGAAAUAUCGCGUACCUGAAAUUUGACAAACUAGUAGUAAAAGGAAAAAAUACUAACAUAAAUAAGGAAAAGCGCAAAAGAGAAACAUCAUCAUCCCCACAAAACAAUGCUCAACCAAGGAAACAACAAACUCUAAUGCCGCCGAUUAACAAUAGACCAAAUGCUUUCGACGUAAUGAGGAUUAGAGCUAAUUCUCUUUCGUCUCUUCCCGCUAAGACAACAACUAACAAAGAAUAACAAUUAACUGUCGGUAAACGGAAAAAUAAACAGCUCAACAUGAACCAACAUAAAAUAACAAAACAAAAUACUUCCCCAAGCCGACUGGUCAUCGUGGGGAAAAAUGACCACGACCCUCUAAAGAAAAAAAAUAACACUAACAUGAAAAACAAAGUAAAUGACAUCCACAUAGCAACUAUUAACUGUCGAUCUCUUAGAACACCUGAAAAACUCCAAGAACUAGAGCUGGCAAUAGAAGAGUUAAAGUGGGAUAUUAUAGGUAUUAGCGAAAUGCGCAGAUUUGGAGAAGGUAUAGAAAACCAUGGCAAAUACGUACUACAUUAUAAAGGGGAGACGCCCGGGCUGUAUGGAGUUGGAUUCAUGGUGAAAGUAAAUCUAGUCAACAACAUAGAAGAACUUAGUGGAUUCUCGGAACGUAUUGCAAUCCUUAAUAUAAAACUGCCCGUGAACGGAGAUAAAGAAGAGAGAUGGUCUAUUAUACAGGCAUAUUCACCAACUGAAUCUGAUAAAAAAGAGGACGUAAAAACAAUUGAGGAAUUCUAUGAAAAUCUCCAAAACGCUAUUGAUAACGCACACAAAAACGUCAUCGUGAUGGGAGACUUUAAUGGACAAAUUGGGAUUCAAAAUAGUGGGGAAGAAAAUACCAUAGGAAACUAUGGGUAUGGAAAUAGAAGCAAAAACGGAACAAGACUAGUAAACUUUGCACUGGAAAACAGAUUAAGUAUUCUAAACAGUUUUUAUAAAAGGAAACCAUCAAAAAAAUGGACAUGGAUCUCACCCAAUGGACAAUAUAAGAAUGAAAUCGAUUUUAUUAUGUCUAAUAAUAGAAAAGCCUUCAAGAACAUUUCGAUCAUAAACAAUUUAAACUUCCACACAGACCAUAGGAUGGUUCGAGUUGCGAUGUCAGGAAUGUUCAAGAAAACAAGACGAUUUCAAAAUAAACAAUUAGCGGUACAAUACUCAGGUGACCCUAAACUAUUACUUAAUAAUCUUCAAACAUCUCUAGAUGCCGCGGAAUUAGAGAAGAAAGAAUAUCCAUCGAUACAAGAAAAGUACAACCUAUUACUAAAUCAACUAAAAACAGUAACCAGAAAAACAAACAAAAGUAUCAAGAAAGAAGUCUCACUUACAAUCAAACAAUUAUUACAAGAACGAAAAGAACUUUUACGACAAAAGGAAAUUAAAGGAAACCGCCAAAGAGUAACAGAAGUAAGCAAAAAGAUCAGUGAACAACUUAGGAAAGAAAGAAAAACUAAAAGAUCUAAUACAAUGAAAAGUUACAUAGAAAAGACAGGAGGAAUAAAAAAGGCAUUGAAGGAGUUAAACUACAAAAAGGACUGGAUACCAAGUAUGAGAAAGAAAGAUGGUAAUAGUACAGGUAAAAGACUCGAAAUAUUAAAAAUCGCUACAGAAUUCUACCGAAACUUAUACCGAAGUCAAAAAGAGAAAGACACUAUAAAAGAAAACGACGAAAUAACUAAUGAAGAAUAUACACCGGAAAUAAUGAAGGAAGAAACCAUAAAAGCAAUAAAUACACAAAAACUCGAUAAAGCCCCUGGAUCUGAUCUUGUUACAAACGAACUUCUAAAAGCAACGUUACCAGUAAUCGCUCCAAGACUUACAGAUAUAUUUAAUGAAAUUAUCAAUACGGAAAACAUUCCAGAGGAUUGGACAAAAUCUACAAUUAUACUACUACAUAAAAAAGGUGACAAAGGAGAUAUAGCAAAUUACAGACCAAUCAGUUUAAUGUCCAAUAUUUACAAAGUGUUUUCAAAAAUAAUAUUAUCUAGAAUCACAAACACACUUGAAGAAAAUCAACCCAAAGAACAAGCUGGAUUCCGUAGACAUUUUUCAACAAUAGACCACAUACACGCCCUUAGACAAAUACUCCAGAAAUUUAAAGAAUAUAACAAAAUUUACUACAUAGGGUUCGUGGAUUUCAACAAAGCAUUCGACACACUUGAACAUAGAUUUAUCUGGGACGCACUAAAAGAUCAAGGCGUACAUGCAAAAUACAUACGGAUACUGAAAAACGUAUACACAAAAAGCACCACACAAGUAAAAUUAGAAUCUAUAGGCGAAGAAUUUCCGGUUGAGAGAGGUGUACGCCAGGGAGACCCAAUUUCACCAAAAAUAUUUGCAGCAGUUCUGGAAAUGAUAUUCAGAAAUCUGGAUUGGACGAAUAAAGGACUAAAUAUAAAUGGCGAAAAUCUGAGUCACCUACGCUUUGCAGACGACCUAAUCUUAUUUUCGGAAAACCCGAAAACCCUAAAGGAAAUGUUGCAACAGUUAGCGGAAGAAAGUGAGAAGGCAGGCCUGUCAAUGAACUUAACGAAAACAAAAGUAAUGUCUAACUCCUCACAAACAGAGUCCAUAACAGUAAAUGAUGAAGAAAUAGAGUACGUAAAGGAGUAUGUGUAUUUGGGACAGUUAAUAUCUACUGAGGAAUGUAUGCAAAAAGAAAUAGAAAGAAGAAUAACUAAUACUUGGAAGAGAUAUUGGUCACUCAGUGAAGUCAUGAAGAACCAGGAUAUGUCUAUGAGGAACAAGAGGAGAAUAUACAAUAUGUGUAUCUUACCAUGCUUACUAUAUGGGUGCCAAACAUGGGCAUUGACAGAAGAACAAGCAAGGAAAAUAAAAGUUUGUCAGAAUGGAAUGGAGAGAAGCACAAUAGGAAUUAAAAGAAAAGACCGAGUUAAACUAAAAUGUAUCAAAAACAAAACAAAAUUUAAGAAUGCAUACACAACAUACAGGUGCUUAAAGUGGAGGUGGGCUGGGCAUAUGAUAAGAGAGAAGAAGGAGAAAUGGACGAGAAUAAUAACUGAAUGGCAACCACGAGAUAGUAAAAGAAACAGAGGCAGACAGACUAGAAGAUGGGAGGACGACAUCAAAAAAGUGGCGGGCCCAAUAUGGACGCGCAUAGCGAAAAAUAGAACAGAGUGGAAAUCUUUAGAGGAGGCCUAUGUCGAGAGACAAGCUGAAAUGUAGAAACGACCGUUUACCGAUACCUGAUUUAUGAAAAGAAAAGAAACUGUUAAAAGUUAUAAACGUAUUUGUAAGAAAAAUUACUGUAAAAAUAAGUUCAGCAAUAAAGGCUAUUUUAUUUA